GAAUUCAACUUUGAUUCCACAACGGACGAACAAGAACAAGCAAACGAGCGAAUUCCACGACCUCCAAAUGCCUUUAUUUUGUAUCGACGUGCCAAUCAAUCGUCGGUAACUCGUCAAUAUGGUAAAAUUUCAAAUGUGGAAAUUUCCCGAACAUUAUCGAAAAUGUGGAAAAAUGAAUCAGAAGAAGUAAGACUUUAUUGGUAUAAAGAGGCGGCUCGUAAGAAAAUGCAACACGAAAUGGCCCACCCAAAUUAUGUAUAUCAACCAAAAAGAGUUAAGGGAAAAUUGAACAUCCACCUUGAGAUGUUCGGUUCUUAA